AUGACCGUUCCUCGGAGCCGAUCGUCGUGGAAUCAACUUCCUCCAGAAUCAGUAGACGAAGACGAUACCAACUCGAGUCUUGUUUUUGGCAACGAUCAGGUGGAGGAGACACAGAAGGACGACAAAAGUAAAGAAAAUGGCUCUUUUUCGCUUCAGAACUCGCAAUCUCCAUCCAAACUCGGCCUGUCUUUGCACUACGACGAUACUCAAAUCAUCCGAAAUGACAACCAGAGCUCUCCUUUGACUUUCAAACACCCUGAUACGCUUGAUAUAAGCUCACCCAAGACUGAUACACAGUAUCAAGUACCAAAUUACAAUAACGGUGCAGAAAACACUCAAAAAGAUUUGACCCAGAAACUGCAAUUGAAUGACGAUACACAAGUGGUUGUUCCAAAUGACUCCCAAAAGAGAAGGAUGGGAGACACUCAAUUGGACAGAGACAAUUCACCACAAGCUUCUCAAGCAUAUCAAUCCUGGAACGAUACUCAAAGAAUAGGACGAAUAUCUUCAGGGGACACUCAAAGAGUACCCCGAAUACCUUCAGAAGACACUCAAAAAAUACCACGAAUACUAUCCGAAGACACUCAAAGAAUACCACGAUUUCCAUUAGAGGACACUCAAAAAAUACCAAGACUUCCUCCAGAUGAUACUCAGAGAAUACAAAUACCUUCAGACCUGCCCCGGCACGAGACACAGGUACUUCAGACGCUGCCUGAGAACCACGAUACUCAAGUAAUUCGGCCUUUUCUGCCGGAAUAUAGUGGCACUCAGCCUCCAACGCUGCCAUCAGUGACUCUCACAGACACCCUGAAAGCUGGUCUCGAAGAUUUUCAAAAUACAUUGGCAACUUCCUCGCCAAGAAUUGACGAUAUACACCAGUCUCGGACUCAAGUCAUCAACACACAAGAAGUAGUUGAAGAGCGCAACCUUGCGGGAAAUACAAGUACAAAACCAGUGGUUUCCAGUAGCCAGCGAAGCCAGCCAGAUAAAGAGGAGAUCCAGUCUGAAGACGAGGACUGGACCUAUGUUCAUGUUGACGAUACUUUGGAACUAAACAGGCUAAAACGACAUGAACAUCUGGUGGAACCUCGCAAGCGAAUGAAAAACGACGCCAACAUUUCUCAUGAAACAAUUCCAUCUUCGCCAACGGUUCCCAGUCGUUCUGCCGGGCGUCAUCUACGGAAAAUGGCAUUGACCGAUACACAAUCUGUGGAUGGUAGAGACACCGAAACUCAAAAAGAUUCCAGUAUUUUACGCAGUGAAGCUCUGAACACAAUUACCCAGUCUCAAAUUGUCAGCAGGAACAGUGUGUGGGCCGCCUACGAUUUCCGCAUGUAUAUUGGCCUAGUUGUGGAAAGUGGUCCACUUGACCUGUCGGUGAAGUUUGAGGACGAUAUUUACAAGAUAAAGAAUAGCGAGUUGCACUUGCUUGAUGUUCGCAUUGGUGACAAGCUUCGAGUGCGCACGUCACCCAACGAAUAUAUAGUCUGUGGUCUUGUUCGAAAACCAGACUUUGAUGGAAUCUGUUGCAUAAGAGGCUUCAAUCACGUACUUUUGAAGAAAGUGUCAAAGAAGGGAGCUAAAGAACUUUUGGUGGAACUAGAGCAGUGCUCCAUGGAGUUACCCGAGUGGAUCCAGCACCAACAAAAAUUUGGAUUGGUAUCUGAGUCGUCGGUUCAAACCACUCCAAGACGGAGAACGAGAGAAGAAAUGUCAUUAGCGUCCAAAAGAGAACAUAUUUCCUUAUCUAACCAGCCUCUGAAACGCACGUCUGACUUGUUUCGAGGAUGUCUAUUUUGCUUGACAAAUAUCGGCAAAGGAAUCUCCGCCCAGCGACGGUUGCAAAUCAGAAGUCUAGUAGAAACCAACGGCGGGGUGCUUUUGGAAGACGGUUUUGAAACGAUCUUUUCUUAUGCAAAAGACGAAAAUGGACAUCGUCUAACUUCUAGUCAACUCGACGAAUACUAUUUUGCAGCUGUUGUAUCGAAUAGUUACGGCAGAAGCGCCAAAUAUUUACAGGCGCUUUCGCUUGGAUGGCCGAUUGUGUCGGACUCAUUCAUUUUUGACUGUGCCAAAGGCGCCAUUCUGAUCAGUAAUUGGCCGGUAUACCUUCUUCCUGCGGGCCAGUCGAAGAAAACCAACUCGGUCAAGAGUAUCGAUAUUUAUCGGUUUCGCAACAAGUAUGAACGGGGCCUAAAAUUGGUUCACCAGCUUGACAAUAACGGACACUUGUUGACGGGAUACCACAUUCUCUUUAUCGACAACAAAACUAACAACAAGAAUUGGGACACUUGUGAGUUCAUAUUCCAUGCAUUUGGCGCCAAAUCUCUACGGUAUGUCAAGUCCAAGUCUGACCUCGAAAACCACUUGGAUUCAACCCAAAGUCGCUAUUUGAUCUACGACAACAGUGGCACGUUCAAGGUGCAACAUGAGGGCAUAUACGGCAUUAUUGACUGGGAAUGGGUGGUGCAAUGUGUGAUCAGUGGAUUUACAUGGGAGCCCAAAAGUUUCAAAUAG